CAUACCACGCGACAUAGUAUUCUUGCGCUUGUUGCCCUUCCAAAGGUGCUAUUCGGACAUAUGAGAGAGUCUCCAACGUCGGGUGAAUUGUACAGAAGAGUAAGAGUGAAGUCUUGGAUCAUUUCAUACACACCGGAGGUAACCGUCGUGCGGGAUAUGGAUAUGCUGGGUGAUUUUUGAGUGAGAUAUUAACGAUUUCAUUCUUGAUUGCUCGUGCAUCUGGACCCUUAUUUUUUUCGUCCAAGCAGAUAAACAUCGACAGACAGGCGAGUGCAACUGAUGAUUGCUUCCAUUACAUAUUUCCACAUGCUAUCAUUUAGGAUGUCAUUUCUACUGAAUGUCUGGAACGCUGCCCAGGCCCGAGGUACAAUCUUCCUAUCAACGACGCAGACGAGGUACAAUACUGCUAAGUUUAAAAGGCCUCUGGACAACAGGUGUAACUUGCCAACUUCCCCUACAUCCGAACAUGGCAGAUGAACAGAAGGAACUCGCAACCAACGUAGCCGACCAUGGUCUUACUGGCCAGCUUCCCUCAUCAAACGAAACCACGGAGGGACUCGGAGUCACGCAAGACUGCUCUUGCUACAUCACGCUCCACAAUGGGACCGACCACGAGCUUGUGCUCGUCUACGCUCAAGAGAAACACGGUGAAUGGAAGACCCGCCCUGCGGAAACCGUGAGCCAGAAGAGCAAUAUCAAGUUUUGGCUCAAAGACUUAUUCCGUUCGUUCUCCAACUGGCAUCUCCAUGCUGAGCUGCUCACGUUUGUUAUUCCAGUUGGUCCUGGAGCAGAGGGUAUGGUGAAGUACCGAAUCGGAAGUACCGAGCACAAGGUGCAGAUGAACUUCAGCUGUCCUAUGUCUUCUCCCAACUCGGCGUCCUGGAGUCAAGGAGAACAUGAGAUUCCAGGCAUCUGGCUGCCCUGUCCGGAAUACAAUAAAUCAGAUGCGUUGCAUGGUAAGGGUGAUCCUAUUUCGAGUUCUUGUGAAAUGAUACUUAUUCACUGUGUAGCCGUGUUUGAAGUACAACCUGGGAAUUAAGGCGUCGGGGCGGGGAGACGUACUAGACCCC